AGAGCAGGGGCGGGGGUUGGCUUGGGCCAGGCAGCCAAUAGGCAGGAAGAACCGGCGGCGAGCGGCAGGAGGCGGGAGGGAGAGCUGGAAUGGCAGCAUCAGCGGUGGCAAGAGCAGGGUCAUCCGUUCUGGAUUUAGCUCAUUAGGACAUGGAUGAAGAAUCAUUAACUCACUAUGGGAAAUCGAACAGGGGCCUUUUAGUAGGAGCAUCUAAUUUCUUGGCAGUUAUGUUGGCAACUUGGCUUUCUUGAACGUUUCUUCUUUGUACUCAUACAAAGCUUGAACCAUAUUGAAUCUAGGUUUGUGGAGUUAAAAAAAAAAGGCAGCAUGUCCUAUUGGGAAGAGCGUAUAUUUUAUUUGCUUCUCCAGGAAUGCAGCAUUGUAGACAAACAGACUCAAAAACUGUUGAAAGUACCCAAGGGAAGCAUUGGCCAGUUCGUUCAAGACCGUUCUUCAGGAGGACACACCAGAAGCAACCCUUCGUCAAAAAGCAAAAAAUUGCAGAUAGGAAUCAAGAUUUUGGAGCAGCCCCAUGUGGUCCUCUUCGUGGAAGAAAAAGAAGUUGUUGAUAUAGAUGAGAAACGAGCAGAACUGCUGUUGGCAAUUACCAAUUGUGAGGAGAGAUACAGUAUAUUUAAAAGUAAAGGUAGACUGAGCAAGGGUCUGCACAUUGAUGUCGGCUCACCGGUGAAAGUACAGCUGCGAUUAGGUGAUGAGAAAUAUCCUGGAGUUGUUCGCUUCAGAGGACCAUUAAUACAAGAAAGAUCACUCUCUGGGAUAUUUUUUGGAGUGGAGCUUCUGGAAGAAGGCCGUGGUCAGGGUUUUACUGAUGGACAGUACCAAGGCAAACAGCUGUUCAGAUGUGACGAGGACUGUGGUGUGUUUGUUGCACUAGACAAACUAGAGCUGAUGGAAGAUGAUGACAAUGAGCUGGAGAAUGACUAUGCAGCUCCAGUUGACUCAAUGCAGGUAGAACUUCCUCCUUUGGAGCUCAACUCCAGGGUUUCUGUGAAGAUAGGAAAGAAUAUAGAGUAUGGGACAGUUAUAUUCUGUGAUGUCUUACCAGGAAACGAGAGUUUAGGAUACGUUGUUGGAGUGGACAUGGAUAAUCCAAUUGGAAAUUGGGAUGGAAGAUACAAUGGACAACAGCUCUGCAGUUUUGCAAGUGUUGAAAGCACACUUCUCUUGCAUAUCAAUGAUGUUAUUCCAGAGGCUGUGUCUCAAGACAGGAGACCUCCCAAACUUGCCUUUACAUCUAGAAGUGGCUGUGAUAAAGGAUUCAAUCAUAGUAAGCCAAAGUCUACAGGUGCACUCUCAGACCCUGGAAAUAGAAACAGAUCAGAAAUUUUCUACACUUUAAAUGGCUCUUCAGUAGAUUCCCAACCACAGAUGAAAUCAAAAAACACAUGGUGUAUUGAUGAAGUUGCUGAAGAUUCUGCAAAGUCCCUUAACGACUCCUCUACUGGGUUUGGGCACUCUUCGCCGCCGCUGCAGCCUCCCCCAACGAACACUUUAUCUGCCGAAAACAGAUUCCAUUCCCUGCCUUUCAGUCUGACUAAGAUGUCCAGCGGCAGCAAUGCUAUUGGACACAGUCCGCUCUCUUUAUCUGUACAGUCGGUUAUUGGAGAGGGGAACGCAGGGGCCACCCAGGAGAGCACACCGCCGAUGGUAGCGCCCAUCAACAUGCAUGGGCUAGAAGCAGGUUCCUUGGCGGAAGUAAAAGAGAACCCACCUUUCUACGGAGUAAUCCGUUGGAUUGGGCAGCCUCCGGGAGUCAACGAAGUGCUAGCGGGGCUUGAACUGGAAGACGAAUGUGCAGGCUGUACUGAUGGAACAUUUAAAGGAACUCGAUACUUUACCUGUGCACCCAAGAAGGCUCUCUUCGUUAAGUUGAAGAGCUGCAGGCCAGAUUCCAGAUUUGCUUCAUUGCAGCCUGUGUCCAACCAGAUUGAACGCUGCAACUCCUUAGCUUUUGGGGGUUACCUAAGUGAAGUGGUUGAAGAAAACACUCCCCCCAAAAUGGAAAAAGAAGGUCUAGAAACAAUGAUUGGAAAGAAGAAAGGGAUUCAGGGUCACUAUAACUCCUGCUACCUGGAUUCCACCUUGUUCUGCCUGUUUGCAUUCAGCUCUGUUUUGGACACAGUCUUGCUUAGACCAAAAGAGAAAAAUGAUGUAGAAUAUUACAGUGAAACUCAAGAGCUUCUGCGGACAGAGAUAGUGAAUCCUCUCAGAAUAUAUGGAUAUGUGUGUGCAACAAAAAUAAUGAAGCUGAGGAAAAUCCUGGAAAAAGUGGAAGCAGCUUCAGGGUUUACCUCUGAAGAGAAGGAUCCUGAAGAAUUCUUGAAUAUUUUGUUUCAUCAUAUUUUGAGAGUAGAGCCACUGUUAAAAAUAAGAUCAGCUGGUCAAAAGGUUCAAGACUGCUACUUCUAUCAGAUUUUUAUGGACAAGAAUGAGAAGGUUGGAGUUCCUACAAUUCAGCAGCUACUGGAAUGGUCUUUUAUCAACAGCAACUUGAAAUUUGCAGAGGCACCCUCAUGUCUGAUUAUUCAGAUGCCUCGAUUUGGAAAGGACUUCAAAAUGUUCAACAAAAUCUUUCCAUCACUGGAAUUAAAUAUCACAGACCUACUGGAAGACACUCCUAGGCAGUGCCGUAUCUGUGGAGGACUUGCAAUGUAUGAAUGCCGAGAAUGCUACGAGGAUACCGACAUUUCUGCUGGGAAGAUCAAGCAGUUUUGCAAAACCUGCAACACUCAGGUUCACCUUCAUCCCAAAAGGCAGAGUCAUAAAUUCAAUCCAGUGUCUCUCCCUAAAGAUCUACCAGACUGGGAUUGGAGACACGGCUGCAUACCUUGUCAGAAGAUGGAGUUAUUUGCCGUUCUUUGUAUAGAGACAAGCCACUAUGUGGCUUUCGUUAAAUAUGGCAAGGGGGACUCUGCUUGGCUCUUCUUUGACAGCAUGGCUGAUCGGGAUGGAGGACAGAAUGGCUUUAAUAUCCCUCAAGUGACUCCAUGCCCAGAAGUUGGCGAGUACCUGAAAAUGUCCCUUGAGGAAUUGCAUUCGCUGGACUCCAGAAGAAUUCAAGGCUGUGCACGAAGGCUACUUUGUGACGCUUAUAUGUGCAUGUAUCAGAGCCCAACAAUGAGCUUGUACAAGUGAAAAGUUGUUGUCUGGAAGAAGGGAAGCAGCUUCCCAGCGACUUGACUGUGGCCCAAGAAGAUUCAGCAGGACUGUCGGCGCACUUGCUUGUGCAUCUGUUGCCGGCAAUGGAUGCUUCAAAGGGGGUGGAAAGCAAAUGUCUAUGGCAAAAGAAGUGCAUAUUUUAAAGAAGGGGUGAAAAAACCUUACAAUGCAAUGUUCUGUUGCUAAAGUACUUAAUAAGCAUUUUGCACUCUAGGAAGUGCGUGUGUGUGCGUGUAGGGUUUUUCUAAAAAAAUAAAAAGUCUAAAUGAAGCUAUUAAAAUGUUUAGGCUGCAAUUUCAGAGGAGUUGUGUACAUGGAGUGAAGUUUUAUGUGUUUCAAAAUUGCCUUGUGGAAUUUUCUGCAUUGACCUCAUCCAGGGAACCACAAAGCCUAGGGGAGAGGGCUGUAUUAAUAUGUGUGUUUUUUCCAGCAUUGUAUAGGUUGUACAAUCAAGGCACUUCACCUCUGUAAUACACUGGAUGCUGGCCUGAAUCUUGGCACUGAGGCUUUUGUUUUGCUUAUUUUGACCUGGUAUAAGCUAAAUCACAAGAAGAACAAAACAUUUUUAUUGUGUUGAGUAAGUGUGCAAAACACAUUAGCUGUCUGUUUCCUCCAUUGUAUUCCCCUGGACCAAGAAUGCUCAGUGUUCCCUUUGUUGCUAAUGGUUGCCUGCUGGAAAACGGCGAAGAUUAAGCUGGUGUAAAUGUUCUGUAGCUACAAGUUGGUGUUUAGACUGAUUCCCAUAGCUGGAAGCAUUUCGGAGUUUUCCUUCAUCCACACAACUCACUCAGUCUAUUCUGUGAACUGGAUGCUGUUUGCAGGAUCAUCUCUGAGCAGGUUGUGUGGAUGACUCAUUCUGAUGUCAUGCUUCCAUAUUGGGUGCACCCACAUAAAAUUCUUCUGAAAGGUAUUUCCAUUACAUUGGCACUGUGUUCAAGCUUGACUUUCAGUGGAACUUUGCUUUUAAAAACUGCUUCUUAUACUCUGGUAUUCUCCUACGUUUGGAAAACUCCUUAGCAAACUUCCCGCAUGUUUGCUUUCAUGAUUUUUUUAACCCCCCUGCCCUGACACUGCCCAGUCACUUGGAACUUCUGACUCCAGUGUAGUUUUACUUCUGAGAGUCAAAGACCAUCCUAUGACUUGCAGCUGUGAUUGGUAAAAAGAAGGUGGCAAAGUUGAUUUAGAAAGGUUCAAAAACAGCACGGAUGUUAAAGAGCUAACCUUUUUAAAGUGUCUUUUUCCAGUGUGUGUGUGUGUGUGUGUGUGUGUGUGUGUGUGUGUGAGAAAAUCAAAUCUAGGUCACAUAAGGAAUUCAGCCGUGUAGUAUAUGUACACCGCAGUCUUUCUUUGAGGGGAAACGAUGUCUCCACUGCUCACUAUGCUAAGGCAUUACUGGUGAGGAAGUUCUGUUGCUGUGGUUUUCCCUACGGUUGGUGUGAUUGCCAAUCAAGGUAGUACAGAAUAAUAGGCUGGGGCAGCCAACCUGGUGUCCUUCAGAUGCUGUUGGACUACAACUUACAUCACCUGUCACCAUCGGCCAGGGUGGUUGGGGCUGAUGGGAAUCCUGAUAACAGUUGAAGUCCACCAUGUUGGUUACCCCAAAAAUAGUCUUUUGUCCUUAUUCUGCUUGCCUGUAUGGGACUAUCAGGCAAGGGACUAUCACCUUGCUUUUGUGAGGUGGAUUUGACAGUAUUUGAUUUGAGAGUGCAAUACAUACCUUCAAGUUGUUGGGAUAAAAUAUCCCCUCCAGACACCCAUGCAUAAUAUUAAUAGGUUCAAGGCACAAUGCAGCAUCCUUGACAGUAUGUUCAGCUUUUUGCCUCAGGAAACAUCAUUGGCUCGGAAGUCUGUAGUCUAUAAAAUGGAAGCUGAUGCUUUAGACUGAAUUUAUUUUCUUUCCUUUUUUUAGGAGAUGGCUUACACAUUUAUCAUAUUAAAAGGAUCAAGUAAGGUCUGUGUGUAGUCAAACCAUUUGACUUGCUGCUCAGUACAUAUGAAAAGUUACUUGUUGCUUUCAAGUAUCUUGUAGUGUAUUUAAUAUUUUUAUGAACUGUUGAGUCUAAUAGUUCUCUGCAGUGGGAAAAAUAUCUCCUGUUGUAGUUGCCUUAAGUAUUUCGUUUUUAAAAAGAGCAGUGAAAUGCACAUCCAGUACGAACAAAAUUUGAAUGUGGCAAGGAGAAAUUGUAGUCUCUUUUUUUUCUUUUUUAGCUUGGGGUGGGUGAGUGGGUAGACACCAUGAGUAGUCUUAGGUCAGGUUGCUGAUUGGAAACGGGAGUAAGAGACACUUAGGGCUGCUUUGGAUGAAUUUUUGCUGCAGUGCAGGCUUGCACCCACACACCUGGUUGCCUCAUAAGCAUCCAGGCCUGCUAAACAUGUGGGAUGCAAUGUCUGCAUCAUCUACAUAGGACUAAAUUCCACUUGGUUUGGGAUGCGAACUGUGUAUUCAUUAAGUCGCAUAAAAUGAAAUCGUCCAUCUUCUCCCCACCUCCACCUUGUGUUGGUUCACUUUUAAGUUGCCACUUUGUUUUGCUGCAAUAUAGCAGAGGUGGCAAAAGCCCCUGGAGCUAUGUAGUGAAAUGGCUGGGACUCCUACCCAGCGCCCAAUACCUGCCACCUGCUUUCUCAACCCCAAGACAACUCCUGUCAUUUACUUUUCCCCUAGUCCACAACUGUCUCACAACUUCUUUCCUGCUACUUUGGAAGUGGCUGCUGUUGCCCCAUUGGCUGCAACCCUCUGGGUGAGGGCAUAAAGGAGGAUGAGACAAGGCUUCAUCUUGAAUAAGACUUUUUAAAAAAAAGUUCCAUUUUAGAUUGCACUCAAUUUGCAGACAGUGGCUCUUAAUUUGGAAGUAAAAAAGACCUUCAGGCAAGUAACGGUACAGGUUCAGCAGCAGACGCAGGGCUCAGGCAUCAUGAUCCAGGAGUAGGGAAAGAAAUUCAGAAGUGACAGAAGUUGCCCCAAGCUUUUGAAGAUGAGGAGUGAUUUGUUCCCUUUCCUUGUGGAAAUGCAGAGUUUGCAAGGUCCUGCUCCGUUGGGGCGGUCGUCUCUCAUCCCAUCUGCAAAGGGGGCACCUGGUUCUGACCAGGAAAGGCUGCAGCUUCCUGUUCAGGUGUUGUUCAGUCCUCACCACCUCUUGUUCAGCCCCCACCCCCACCCCAAUAAUCAAAGCCUUCCUCUGCCUCUACUGAGACUUCACGCACCAGCCAGCAUGCCUGCUCCCCCUGCCAAAGCAACUGAAAUCAGAGUGGGACGGGGAUAUCUUCCCUCUUUUGGCCCAAGUUCCCCAAUUCCUCUCUUCCCCCACCCCCGUUUCUUCCACUUCGUCCUCUGCCUGAUCCCGACUCCAUAUAGUACCCAGGCUUUUUGAAAGCUGCUGUAUUCUUUAGUGCUAUUUUGGUAACCCUAAUACAGAUUUUGGGAUAUUUCUUAUAGGCCAACACCGCUACCAUUUAUACUAGUGUUUGUUCUCAUUCAUUUAGAACAAGAUUGCACCGUUCCCCCUUUUGCAUCUAUGCUGCUGUUAUCUGUAAACUAUUAACUGUGGCCCUAAGGUUUGUGUGUGUGCUUCCCAGCUUCCCUGAAGAUACCAAAACAGUUUGCAAAACUACUGUUUCCGAUAGUGAGGGAAAUUGUUUGACUUUAAAAAAUCCCAUUUUAUAUACUUUCCACUGUAUUCACAAUGCUCAGGGCAGCUGACAGUAAAUCUAAAUAAUUUAAAACAGUGCAGCAAAGAAAACCACCUUUGGCAAAAUGUUCUCUUGGAGGUCGUUCUUACUUGCUGCAGGCUGUUGAGCAGGUAGCCUAUGCUAGAGGCAUGUGUGAAUAGGGCCUGGCACAACACUGCUUCCUGGUCUCCAUCAAUUGCCUCAGUUUUCCGGUCUUAAAUCUGAGGCCAGACGUAAAAUUGAAUCAUGGUGAGACAAUGGUAAAAUGUUAACUGACAAAAGUGAAGUGGAUAAAGCAUUUUAGAGCAGAAAUGCUUUCGGCAUCUCUCUGAUGAUUCAUAUUUUUGAGGGAGGGAUAACUUUCCACUGCAAAAGUACACAGGGUUUGUUCCUGAGACUUGUGGAUGCAACAGGCUACAGAUUUGGCCUGCAUGUUACAACUGUACAGGUCAAACACCUUUCAUAAACUUUUGGGAAGGAGAUUAAACUAUAUGUGGGGGUGGGCUGUUGUUGUUUUUGCAGUGGAGGAACUGUGACUUGUGAACUUAAAUUGUCCAACUUUCUGGAAAUCUUUUAAGUUUGAUCCUGUUUAUAAAAUUCAAACUACUACUUAUACUGCAGCCACACAUAAUGAUUUGCCCGGUUAGCCCCUUGAUGCAAAGCAAACUAAACUCCCUUAGGAGGGAUUGCUUUAGAUCAAGGGUAACCUGGCCUUCAUCGAUGCUUUAAGGACCUGUGUUUGCUUUCGGGUGUACUGCUCUGGGACAUUGGACGGAGCUGAGAACUGCUCCCCUUUUUCCCUGUUCUGUUGCAAAACACCUUCCCUGUCUGGUUUGCAAUGGAGAGGAGAUUACCUUGUCAGAUAUUACCUGUGGCUUGCCAUAGUUUGGCUUUUGCAAAAUAUGUAUGAGCCACUUGCAGGAAACAAUCGGGGACUUGGCUGCCCCAUUUAUCCCACCCCAGCCCAGCCCAGCACACAUGGUCUGUGAAAGGAGUAAAAGACCCCUUCUUUUGAACCUUUGAAAAACACCCUCUUCUUCAUUUGUAGCAUUUUCUGGUUCUGUUGCUCGUAAUCCUGGUGUUUUGUUACUUGUGUUCUGAAUGCUGUUGCAGCAAUCUUUCCCACUUUGCUUUUGUGGCUUCUGUUACUUGACUCUAUGAGAAGCCUUAAAUAUUUAAAAUAAGACCCUUGUGGAAAUGUGCAAGAGGAUGAGAGACGCGGGUGAGGUGGCUAAGACACUGUUUAUGAUCAUGUAACUUGUGGAGCUUCUUCUCCUGCUCCACUGGCUGGGUAGUUGGUGGGGAGUAGCAAAAUCGAACGUAUCUGUACUUUAGGGGCCUUGUUCCUUAUGCCUUUCUUAUUUUAAACUCAACAAAGCAUUGAGAGCUGGCAUUGUGUACAGUGAGACAGCAUGCAUCCCAAUACUUGGGCUGCCUCCAUUGAAAAGUGCUCUGUGUGUGUGUGUGUGUGUGUGUGUGUGUGUGGAGGUGGUGUAUAUAAUAAGCCCUGUUUUUUGUGGUGGUUUUUGAUCUGUGGUGGUGGUUUUCCCAUCUUCAAAUCAUCAUCACUUGCUGUCGCAGUUCCUCCCUAGCAGUUAUGCAUCUGUGAACUCUCCUUUCUGACUGUGAUGUGAAAUAGAGAAGAAGAAAAAAAUAAUCUAGCGUCAUCUUUACAUAUCUCAUCCCCUCAAAAACAACCAAACAAAAUCCUCCCACGCACCCUGGUUUCCUUCCUCUUUUGUAUUGCGCAUUGUAGUUUUGGCAUUCUGAAACUGUCCUUUUAAUCCUCUCAUGUCAACUAUACAAAGGUGAACAUUUAAACACUCGCAUAUACAGAACGAAAUGUCUACAGAUGUGGAAUCAUUUUGUUUCUAGGUCGUGUUUCAGGUUUCCCCGCAGACGUUGCAACUUUAGCACGGUGCCCAAACCCUGGUGUCGUGCUCCCAGGGCUGAGAUGGUUACAGAAGAGCUGCGUUUGUGUGAACGUGAAGGUGGAACUUUUUAUUUUUCUUCAGAAUGCCUCUCUUGAGGUUUUGGGUUUUAUUUAUUCCGCCAUUGUAACAAAGCGUGUUUUGCAUUGGCCUGCACAAUCCUGGUGUUUUGGUUAAAUAAACAUCCUGUGCUCGAGUGCAGUCGUCUCCUCGGUAGAUUGUCUCCACCAAGAGCUUAGAGAAGUGUUUUAUAUCGGGUUGCUGUAAUUAAGCCUUAAUUUCCCAGAGAAGAGACUGUACCAUAUCCUAUUUCUGUAUUAAUAUUUAUUAAAACUUAUCAUUUUUA